GGCACCCUCUGACCAGAUUCCGCGCGGCCCCCACGCCGUGGUCCCCGGAGGCACGCGGGGCCUGGCUGCAGCAGCGGGUCUGCAGGGCGAGCCUCCCCGGAGCGGCUGAAGUUGAUUCUAAGUACUAUCCCAUGGAAGAUGCAACCUAAAGCGAGAGGCCCGCUGCGCACCUCAUGGAAUUUGUAGCCUCACGUUCAAUCCCAACUUCGGAGGGAGACUUGGGAGGGUCUGAGAACCCGGAGGGUUCUACAGAAAAGAGUCCACCCCGUUCUGGCAUCCAUCUGCCGCCAGGCGGCGCUGCUCUGGAGAUCCAGGCAGCCACCUGCUGGAGCCCGACCUUCCACCAGGGGGCGCAGGUCUCCAGAGGCCCUCCCGGAUCCGCUGGCCCGGGAGUCUUAAAAGAGGUGCCUGGACUCAAGCUUCUCCUCAGUGACUGAUGAUGUCAAGCUGUACGUUUCUGUGAUUGGUUUAGCCGACAUGGGCUGGACAGCUAUUGGUGAUGCUCUGUAGAAACGUGAUGGCUCUGGAAGAGCUGGGCACCGGGGUAGCUCCCAUUUACUGAGGGUGUUAAAGUAUGGAGCAUGAGCUGAAGUCAGGAGCAGGACUGCUGAAACUGCUACGGCUUUUGUGGCUGCUGCCCCACUCCUGGGCGGUGCUCGAAGCUUCCACCCCGGUGCUGUGGGAUGGCCCGCAGAACCACACAUUCCGGCACACUCUGUUCUGCCAGGAUGGGAUCCCCAACAUGGGGCUCUCUGAGACCUACGACGAGGACGAACUCUUCUCCUUCGACUUCUCCCAGAACACCAGAGUGCCCCGGCUGCCUGACUUUGCUGAGUGGGCUCAGGGACAGGGAGACGCCUCUGCCAUUGCAUUUGACAAAGGCUUUUGCGAGCUAUUGAUGCAGAAAGUGAGCCCGAUGCUUGAAGGUCAAAUCCCAGUGUCCAGAGGUUUGCCUGCGGCUGAAGUGUUCACGCUGAAGCCCCUGGAGUUUGGCAAGCCCAACACGCUGGUCUGUUUCAUCAGCAACCUCUUUCCACCGACCCUGACCGUGACCUGGCAGCUUCACUCCGUCCCUGUGGAGGGAGCCAGCCCCACGUUCAUCUCAGCUGUCGAUGGGCUCAGCUUCCAGGCUUUCUCUUAUUUAAACUUCACACCGGACGCCUUUGACCUUUACUCCUGCACGGUGACGCAUGAGAUUGACCGCUACACGGCAAUUGCCUAUUGGGUACCCCAGAACGCCCUGCCUUCAGAUCUCCUAGAGAAUGCCCUGUGUGGUGUGGCCUUCGGCCUCGGUGUUCUGGGCAUCGUCAUGGGCAUUGUCUUCUUCAUCUGCUCCCAGAGACGUUCCUCAGAUGGCUGAUUCUUCCCAAGGAGAGCUUGGAACAGCACAGGCCAGGCCAGCAGGGAUGGCCAAGCAUCUCGUGCUUACCCAAGGUCUCUCAUCGGAGCCGAAGUCCCAGGGAUCCUUUGGGGUGUGUGCCAGCGUGCAGGUGUCUCAGCUGAGGGUUCCGCUGUCCCUGGACUUGCAUCCAGAAAAGCCCGCAUCAGGAGCCCCGGGCUCCACCAGACCACUACCUUGUGCCUUCCAGGAAAUAAACUUUAUUUCUUAACA